AGGUGGCCGUGGCGUCGGGGCUCCAGCAAUUGGAUGCCAGUUACAACCCACGGUGGCUGGAAGUUGAGGACUGGAUUUGCCGUGGCUGCCACUGGACUUUAUGGCUUCGACAUGUUGCGCUUCUUGGGCUUGGUGAAACCUACAGCCACAGAGGCGUUGAUUGCAGUCUUCGUCUACCUGGGACUCUAUGCCUCGCGCUUGGAGGAGGUGAAGAACAUGGACAAGCACUACCAGGUGAGUUUCUACGCCUCCAUUGGCUGGACCAUCUAUGCCUUGGCGUCGCUGUUCCAUGCGCUGAGCUGCGGCCCAGAGCCACCAAUGUCCAGAGACAUGGCCGAGAGCCUUCACACCGUUGGCGCUGGCAUCUUCUUGUUGAGCUGCGGAUACUUUUAUAGCUACCACUGGGGUCGGAUUUUCCGACACAUUCAGGAGGGUCGCUUCCGGCCCUACUUUGCCUUUGGCCUUGCCAGCCUCACCUUUGUGCACGGCCUCACGGUUGGUCACAUUUGGAAAAUGAUGGACGAUCCUCAGUGGUAUGACACAGUGCAGAAGAUCUACCCAGAUCAGUGGCAGUGGAUUGCGGACACCCGUUUCGCUGAGCUUUAUCUCACGGCGCUGGCUCUCUUCUUGGUGAUCCUGCACUUGCGUGGAGUGCUGACAGGCACAGCCAAUGCCACCUGGGUCUUCCUGGGAACUGUGAUUGUGCCAACGGCCGCACUCUUUUGGGAGACCGUGCAGAUCCGUGCUGUUGCCUGGCAACACUACUGGAUGUAUGGUCCAAAGCAUUGGUAAGACAGCGAAAGCCUGCAGUACCAAAGCUUUCAGCUGCUUCCUACAUUUUAAUUGCAGAGCUAUCUCAGUGCAGACUGGUUCAGAUUCCGUUGCUGGCAGCCC